UCAACAUCAUUUAUACUUUAGUGACGAUACUAUCUACAUUUAACGGUCUUCCUCCGAUUAAUAGAGAGUUUAUUAAUUUUAUUAGCAGAGAUGUAGCCGCUUAGCGUUUUGGCCGACUAGCGCGGUAGUUUUCUACUAUACUUAAUUACUUACGCAAUUGUUUUUUUCCUUUCGUUUAUAUUGUAAUCGAUUUGUAUAAUUUUAUUGUAUCUAUGUAGUAAAGUUAACCGUAGUUAUAUGAUCGUAGAUAGAUUUAGGGUACACUCAAAUAUUCACAAGUUCAGUAUUGUUAUUCAAAAUCAAGAUGGGACAUCUGCUGAGGAGUGCCUUCGUGAUUGGGAUGGGGAAGGACUACGAUGAGGAUGGGAUGUCCCUAGACGAAGGAAGACAGUCACAACGCCCGUACCGAUAUGGCAUGGUUUUGCUGUGCGCGGGGGCCCUGAUCAAUUGGUUGGGAUUGGCCGAGGACUACGCUGAGCCGGUGCGCUAUGUGGGCGUGGCCUGCAUCGUCGCGGGAGCUCUGCUCAUCUGCGCCGCCAUGUGCUGCUGGCUGCAGUCCCCCGCCCGGCAACCGCAGAACGACCGCGCUUCGCCUGAUACCCAUCAAAUUGACGACCCCAUCCAUGUGAUAUCGAUGCCGGACGAGGAGACGAUGCAGCAGAAACCGCCAGAUUACGACACGGUCGCCGGGGCCCCGCCCACUUAUGACGACGCGAUCAAACUUAACCCGGCGCGGUUGCUCCCGGCGAGCAGCAGUCGCGUGGAGCCCCACCGCCCGGCCCCGGAGGCCCCGGUCAUCCCUGGCCAACUGGAAGAUGUACACUACCCCGUCGCCGCCGCGGGGGUGCCGCUGACCCACGGCCAGGUCCCCAAAACUCCCCCGCCCCCCUACAGAGCUCCGAACCCCCCGCCGGCCAUCAGAUGAAAGGCGCGGAACUUCAAUCCACUGCUGUUUGGGAGCUGUACAUGUGAGUCGCGGCGUUUGAGCGGCGAAUAGGUGAAACGUUGCGGUAUUAUUUUAUUAUACGAAUCCACGUUUAUUGUUGAGAUUGAUGCGUACUUAUGUGAUAUACGUUAAUAGUUAUUAACUUAAUUUACCUACCUGCUGUAUAUAAUGUUAGGAUAUUAUUACUACUAAGAAAUUUGUAUUUAUUUUUUGUAUAAUGAAAUUUCGUUGUUACGAUUUCCAGUAAUGUUACGUGUGACAGUGUAUCUUCUUAGACUCAGGCAUUGCUCUGCGGCUUUUCUUGCCUAACCCUCGGUUCACCGACGACAUUAUAACUAACGGACUAAAGAUGCAGACUAUAGUAAAUGUGCCAUGUCUUAACGCCUCCCACAAUUUAUCUCAUGUAUUUACGAAUGAAAUCCUUUUAAGAAAUUUUACCUGAUAUUCUGACGUCGUAUCACGAAGAAGUCUAUUAGAAGGUUUUCAACCGUAAUUUUAAAUAAUACAAUUUGACACUAAAGUAAUAACUAAUUUGCUCAAUGACGCGUCAAGAACGUGGUACUGAAGAAUUUGACGAAAUUGUAUUAAUAUUGUGAUUAACACUAAAGACACGUACGUAUCACAGACGACGUAAUCUUGUCUAGGCAAAACGGGGCAGGGUAACUCGACACGAAUUCGAAAUGUGCUUUAAAAACAUUUAAAUGCAAUAUUAUUCAUACAAAAGCGUUAGCAAUCUUUCGAUAACAGUGUUGUGCAAUCCAUAAAAGAUUGCUGUAUUUGCGAUUUCGAAUUCUCCAGGGUAAUCUUCAAAAUCCACUUGUGAUAUGUUAAUAGUUGUAUAAUUUAUUAACUAUUAUUUUCAACAGUUUGUUUGUAAUCGUUUUUUUAUAAACGAUGUUCACGUUAUCUAUAAGCGAAUAUUGUUUAAAUGAAGGCAAUAAACAUAAUCAUUAGAAGUAAGCGUAGACUAAAGAAAUUGUUCACUUUAAUUUCGAUUCUAGUCCUCAAAUAACGACUAUAAUAAAACAAUUAACGUGAUCGCAAGCAUAUUGUAUUUGUACAGGUUUUCAUUGCACAACUCAAAAUUACCUAUUUGCGAACAUUGUUCAUAUCGAUUUUAUUAUUUUAGUAAUACGAAAAGUAAUCACGUUUUAUAAUAUCAUGUUUAUAGGUGCGCAGUUAAUACAUUUAUCGACUCUGCACUAUUUUCUAUAACUUUGAUAUGAUAAUAUUCUGUCAUCUUGCAAUAUUUCUUUAUAUGUAAUUUACUACUGUUAUCUGCCUAUUUUUCUGUUUGUCUUAUCAAUUAAAAAUACCUCGGAGUUAGUGCUUUAUCUAUUUGCUGUAUAUUCCGCCGACGGCAGUUGGUUUAAUGUCAGAUAGCCAAAGAUGUGUGAUUCGAAUUCCUAAAUUUUAGCGUAUUAAUUUGUAUUCCUUUUGCUUUUUAUGUCUUCUAUGUAAUAAUUUCCUAUUUACAAAAGACACAUUGCCAUAACUAUUGUAAAGUAGCGAUUAAAGAAUUUAGAUUGGGACCAAUACCGUUUACACCUUCUUUUAUUACAGCUUGAUAAAAUUAUUUUUUAGUGUACCUACCCGGUUUCUCUAAAAUGUUUCAAUGCUGAAGUUGUGCAUUUAUUAUUUGUACAUUAUACGAAAUUUGAGUGUACAUACAAAAUAAAUGUUGUUCAGAAAGUACAAA